UAUAGGUUAUGUUAGAGCAUGCUGCUAUGUUAUUGUAAUUUGUAAUCAAAUUCGAAUAUUUUACUAAAAAAUAUUGAAAUGUCGGAAGUAAAUAUAGAUACUGAUCUCUUCGAGCCCAAGAAAGCCUCUAAAAGAGCAAUGGUCGUGGAAACUAUGGAUGUAGACACACACAAUGGAAUCGAGGGAACUAACAAAGUUAGACCGCCGAAGAAAAAAAGAUCCAGGAACCAAUCAUUUUCAGAUAAUAGUGACGAUACCAGGAAGAUUCCUGUUCCAUCUCAUCGUUAUUCUCCAUUGAAAGAAAAUUGGUUGAAAAUAUUCACUCCUAUCGUGGAACAUCUUCAGCUUCAAGUUCGGUUCAACUUAAAAACGAGAAACGUUGAAAUUAAGACUUGUAAAGAAACUAAAGAUAUUGCUAAUUUGCAAAAAGCAGCAGAUUUCGUAAAAGCUUUUAUAUACGGUUUUGAAGUCGAAGAUGCACUAGCAUUAAUUCGUUUGGAUGAUUUAUUUGUAGAAUCCUUUGAAAUAAAGGAUGUCAAGACGUUGAAAGGUGACCACCAGUCCAGGGCAAUUGGAAGGCUGGCAGGAAAAGGUGGUCGAACAAAAUUUACAAUUGAAAAUGUUACAAAAACUAGAAUAGUGUUAGCAGAUAGUAAGAUUCAUAUUUUAGGCAGUUUUCAAAACAUAGCUUUAGCUAGGAGAGCAAUUUGUAAUUUGAUUCUGGGCUCUCCUCCUUCUAAAGUCUAUGGACAAUUACGAAAUGUAGCCUCGAGGGUUUCUGAACGAAUGUGAA